AUGAGUAGUUUACUCAAUAAUAAUAAUAAUAAUAAUAAUAGCAGUGGUUAUAAAGAUUUUGAACCUACAAACUCAUUCCCACUUUUUAAAUUGCCUGAAGAAUUAUUAUUUGAAGUAUUUUCAAAUUUACCACAACCAGAUAGAUUAAAUGUUACCGUUUUAAAUAAAAAAUGUUAUAAAGUGGCAACAAAAUUAAUUUAUAGAAGAAUUUAUUUAAACGAUUCAAAUGUUGUUCGUAGUGAUUAUAUUAAUAUUGCAAUUAAUUGGACUCUAUUAAAUAUACCGUCAUAUUUAGAAGAACAAGAUUCAAGAGAAAUUGCAAAUAAAAAAUUAAAAUUAUUGAUUCGUGCAUUUAUAACAAAUAAAAGAACUUUAGAAUCUGUUCAAUGGAUACGAAUAAAUUGGGAUCUGGAUGAAGAUUUACAAAGAAAUAUAUUAUCAUUAUUAUGUUCAAAUGGUAUAUCUUUACAAAGAUUAGAAAAUGUUACGGAUCCAAUGUGUAAUGAUAUUAUUGCAAAUGGUAAAAUAUCAUCAAAACAUUUAACAAGUAUGGAUAUGGCUCCCCCACAUUCAUUACCUGAAUUAGAUGUACCAAGAGAUUAUAUUCCAAAUUUAAUUAAUUAUUUAGAUAAAAGAAUUUCAACAAAUUUAUCACAUAUGACAUUAUUUAUCGAUCCUGUUAAAUUAUUCAAUUAUUUAUAUCAUUUAAAAGAAAAAUUAACAAUUGUUGAUUUAAAAUUACAUUGGAGAAGAGAAUUUUAUCCAUCAAAAUAUUUUGAUGAAAAUAAUGUUAGAAUACCAAAAUUGAAAAAAUUAAAUGAAAUUUUUGAUGUUAGAACUUUAAAGACUUUAACAAUUAUAUCAUGGAAUGAAUCAUUAAUAUCAAGAGAAAUUGAAAUGAUGAAAGAAUUUAAAGAAUUUAUUUAUUUAGAAGAUCUUUCAUUAAUUUCAAUAAAACAGGAUAUUAAUAUUCUAAUUGAAUUGUUUAAUAGAUUAAUUAAUUUAAAAAGAUUAAAAAUGGAUUUUUUAGAAGACUAUAUUCCAGAGACAACAAAUCCACAAAUUUUUUUAUCAAUUUUAUUAAAUUGUAAAAAAUUAGAAUUUAUUGAUAUUAGAUUUGAAGGCAUUGAUUCACCAAUUAUUAAUCUUGUUGGUGAAAAAUUUGAAAUAUCACAAAAAUGUUCAUGUAGUAAAUGUAAUUUUACAUUUAAUGAAAUUUUAAGGAAAAAAAUUUUUUUAUUCCCAAUUGAUUAUUAUUUAAGUGAUGUUCAAGAUAUUGCUGCAAAGGAUAUAUUUAAGAUGAUGAGAUAUUUAUCACUUUUACCUUAUUCUAAAGCAUGUGAUUCUUAUCCAAGUGUUAGAACUCAACCAAUGAAUUUAGAAGCAUUUGUUAAAAAAAUUAAUGAAAAUUUAGUCACCUAUAGAGGAAAUAGAAAGCAAUUAUUAAAUGUUGAUAAAAAUAAAAUUGUAAAUGUUAAUGAUAGUACAAUUUCAAGUGCAAAUAGUGGGAAUACUAAUAAUACUAAUAACAUUGAUGAAGAUUAUGAUAUGGAUCUAGAUUUAGAAAGUGAAAUUGAUAUUGAAUUAGAUAUUGAUAAUAUUUUAGGACAAACAUCAAAUCAACAAAAUCAUACUAAUGAAACAGAUACAGAGACAUCAACAGCGACUAUUAAUACUGGUGGAAUUGGUGACACACAAGGUUUCAUAUCAGCUUCAGAUUUAUCAACUUAUAAAGAAAAUUUAUUAAGAUUACCUCAUAAACCAUUAACAAAAAAUGAUAUCAUUUUGUUAUACCAUACAUUAAUUCAUCAUUUUAAGACUACAUAUUAUACAUUCUUAAAGGGGUUCCCGCGAUUAAGGUUCCUUAUGCUAAAUGAUAUACCAACUAUUACCAUGGAGGAAAAUAAUGAAAGGAUAUUUCAUCCAGUCUUUUACCAUUAUGGUUACACAUCUAAUUUGCAUGGUUGGUCAAAACAUAGUGCUACAAAUAAAAAUUCAAAUAAGAAUAAUGAUAACGAUAACGAUACUGUCACAAAGAGAGCUACUGUCAUAUAG